CAUCUCCAGCAUUUUCUAAUGGCGAUCAUCGCCACGACUGGCUUCGGAUUGGUAUCCUCCUAUAAGGACUCGCUGCACGCCUACGCGCCCGAAUACGCUCAUCCGGCCUACUCCUUCAGCUAUGGCGUCAAGGAUCUGCACAGCGGGGACGUCAAAUCGCAGUGGGAAACGCGCGACGAUGGCAUCGUCAAGGGUCACUACAGCGUCGUCGAGCCGGAUGGAUCAAUCCGCGAGGUGGACUACACGGCCGAUUCGAAGACGGGCUUCAACGCUGUCGUGAAAACACACGGUCCAAAUGCACAUCCAGUGCGGGACCACGAUCAUCACGAAUUACAGCACCACUACUACGACGAGCACCACUCGCAAUCAAAGAUCAACCACUUCAGCAAGGGCCAGGAUCAUCUGAUCCUCAGCUCAGACCUUCCUCAACGCGAGAAGGACAUUGCGGAGAUCAGCGAGAAAAAACGACCGAUCCCAUCGAUCCUGGAGCUGAAGCCACACGUCAAUCUCGAGAAGCCAUUGGUUGCGUACAAGCACUACGAGCCGCCGAAGACGAUCUUCAAGCACUAUUCGUAUGACGAACUGAAGCCGCAUCACGUCACGGUGGAGACGGAAUAUGGUGGCCACAAGCAGUACGAACAGUCCGCAGAAUUCUUCUCUGAAUCAGUUGAUACCGACAAGGAUCCGUUCAAGCCAAGCAUCCGUAUUGAGGAAGUUAAAGCACCUGACCUAUCUAAGCUGAAGCCGAUCUCACCGGAUGUCGACUUCUCACAGCUCUCCGAAAGUGACCUCGGCCCGUACUACACCAAGGACAGCUUCAGACCGUUUGCACAGUACGCAAACCAUGUGUCGCACCCAGUCACGCUGCAGAAGGCGAAGGUACACGCCAUCCAAGUGGACAGCAAGCCGAAGAAGAACCUGCUGAAGCCGCUCACCACACCCGGGCUGAAGAACUUCGCCUCACCGUCGGUGUACAAGUUCUCAGCUCGUGGUCCAGCACGACCCGACUACUCGAGCUACUUCAAGGCGAAGGCAAGCCGCCAAGCCCGCACUGGACCGGUGUUGUUCCAUCCGGAUGAGCAGAAGCGAGCCUCGCAACGGAUGGUGCAGUCGAUGUUGUCUCGUCAACCUACCGCGCGCCAUCUGCCGGUGUACGCGAGAAACUACGCCUAA